GAAUUACGUAAUGAAAGCACCUGAUUCAACUCCCAGAGCAUCAUGGGUGGUUUAUCAUGCAGGGGGUGAAAAAGUGAGCUGUUUUUUCUGGGCUGAACGUCACUGAAUGACACCGUGUUAGGAGGAGGAGGAGGAGGAGGGAGGAGGAAGAGGAGGGCGUGUUCCUCCUCCCUCCAUCCCUCCCUGCCUCCCUCCCUGCCGCUGCAGACCGAUGUGUCGGUGUUUGUAGGCUACCUGAGGACUGAACCCUAACCUGUGGAUCCUCUCCCAGCAGCAGCACCAUGGGGAUUUCCGCGUCCAGUCUGCUGGAUGAGACCAAAUCCAACUACAUCAAAGGCCAGGCCGAGGCCGAGCUGAAGGAGUUCAGUCCGUACUACAGGAAGCAGUUCUCCGUGGCCCGUUUCUCUGAGGUAGAAGAUGAUCUGGAGCAGCACAAAGAGAAGAUCACACUGCUGCUCAAACAGAGGGAGGCUCCUGAGGCGGGCGAGGUGCUGUACGAGGAGGGCGUCCUUUUCUUUGACGAAACCAGGAAGUGGAAGGAGAGGUACGUGGUGGUGAGAGCCAACUACUGCCUGGAGUGUCACGACGGCCUGGAGACUUUCGUUAAAGGGAUUCCUCCGCGCCAGAAGCUGCUGCCUACAGGGGGCACCGUUCUGACCACAGAGGAGAAGUACAUGACCAUGGUGGACAAGUGCUUCCCCGAUGACACCAAUGUGAAGGAGGACUUUGCUCCUCCUCUGGCGGGGAUGCCCGGACAGUUCCCCGUCUACCUGCGUCUGCCCUACAGGAGAGACUCCUACUUCUGCUUCAAACAGCAGGCCAAACAGGCCACCUUCCUCGCCAUCCUGUCAGACUGCAUCAGACACCAGAACCAAGACUUCCUGAAGAAGAAGACGUGUGAAGUGCAGGCCUUCCUCAAAGCCAUCCAGCUCUACAGACAAGACAAAGGCAAAUACGAGGCCUGGGACAUGCUGAUAGGAAGUGAUGUCAGGGUGAUGGCCAACGUGGUGAUGGAGCAGCUGCUGCCGUCUCUAGAGAAAGACAUGCUGCCUCGCCUCAAAGCCAAGAAGACGGAGAAGAAGAGAGUCUGGUUCGCUACGGUGGAGGCGGCAUACGUCCUGAUCCAGGAGCAUCUGCUGGAGGGACUUACCGCGCUGAAAGAGGAGUGUCGAACGUCGGUCCGGCAGCAGGAGGUGCUCAUCCACUCCGACAUGGACCAGAUACUCAACUCCAGACAGCAGCUGGAGGAAAAAGUCCGAGCCAAAGUGUCGGAGCCAGCGGAGAAGCUGUGCUCCGAGUCCGUCCAGCCGUACCUGGCCUCCGUCCUGGAGGAGCUGAUGGAGCCUGUCAGCUCUGGUUUCCAGGAGGGACGGCAGCUGAGUGAAAACACAAUGGACCAGGUGUGUCAGCUGCUAGAAGACAACGAGCAACUGAAGAAGACUCUUGCUAACAUGGCGAGACCGGACCUGCUGAGCUGCUACCAGAAUAUCGGCUCCCUGCAGGAGAAACUGCAACACCUGCAGGAGAGAUUCGGUUUCUCCAACAUCACAGGAGUGAUCCACAGCGCUCAGAUUGACCUGCAGCAGAUGACUGAGAAUGCAGCCUACACGUUCGAGCAGCUGCUCAACAAAGCCGUCCAGGACAACCCGGACAACCCCGGCCCUGCCAUCGAGAAGGCCAAACACAGAGUGCUCAAGCAAUAUGACUAUGACAGCAGCACGGUGAGGAAGAGGAUCUCCAGGGAGGCUCUGGUCUCCGUCACUCUGCCCUUCAUCAAGAAGAGCCUGGCCCCCACCUGCAAAACUGAGCUUCAGGAACUCGAGCAGACAGUAGACGCCGACCACUCCAACUUCAUCCAUGUACAGAACGUUUAUGAGAACAUCCUCCUGCAAUCUCUGGACAAGGAGGUCACUAAAGUGAUGAAGGAGGCGGCCAGCCUGAAGAAGUUCAACCUGUUCACAGACAGCAGAGACCUGCUCAGUCAGUCCAGCCGCUCCAGCCUCUCGUCCUCGCCCGUCUCCACUCCGGGCAGCCCCGCCAUGGUGCUCGCCUCCCCCGCCAACGCCUCCUCUGAGCCCCAGCCGCCGUCUCCUCUUGUGGUCAACGGUGUGUCGUCCGGGUCCCAGAAGGAGGAUGUCGAUGUCGAGACACCUCUGGGGAAGGUUGAAGAAAACGUUGCAGCGGUCAGUGAGGAGGUGGAGGCAACGCCGCCCAAAGCAGAAGAAGAAGUCUUCCAAACUGUGAAGGCAGAAGAAGCAGGCGCCCCUGUUGCACUUGAGACGACCGACCAGAGUGAGACGCAGGAAGUGACCGUAGAAACAGCUCCAGAGAUCCAAGAGGAGGUGAUUUCGGUCAAAACAGAAACGGUCGAGACGGCUGCUGAGCCUCAGACGCAGAGCACAGAUGCUCCAAAAGAGGUAGAAACCACUUUGUCAGAAACCCCAACUGUUGUAGAAAGCGUAAAGACAGACGUAGAAGCAGCAGCACAGAUAGAAGCUCCCACACCGAGUCCUGAUCCUACUAAUGAACCAGUAGCAGAAGGUGCCCAGGCUGUAGCCGGCAGUGAAGAAGAGACACACUGUGGAAGCUCAGAACUCAAGUCAGAGGCUCCCCCUAGUGGUCAAACACCUGCACUCACAUCUGCAGACAUCAGCCGGGACCUGAAGCGACGGGAAGCAGCGUCACUUACCUUCUCAGAUCCCAAUUCUCUGGACGUGUCGGUGGGAAGCGAGUCGGCCCCGUCAGACAUCGAGUCCACAGAGGAAGUGAAAACAAGGAGCAGCGAGGACGAAGUCUCAACGACCUCUGACGUCUUGGAGGACGAGGCUAAGUCACCUGUGAGCUCAGGAGACACAGCUGGGGAGAAAACCGCAGGGGACGAACCGUCUGCUCAGGCCCAGACAGAAGCUGUAGGCGGGGACGUGGAGGCGGGUGCGAGCGUGGAGCCAUCGGUGGAGGCAGCAGAUGUUAAAUCCUCUCAGCCUUCUGAGCCCGCCAAGGAAGAGACCUCCUCCGGCCCUGAAGCUCAGCCCGUCGACUCCAUCCAGCAGAUCCGUGACCUGGUGGAGGAGGUGAUCGAGGUGGAGGAGCUGGUGCAGCGUUACCCGAGCGGAAUUCCAAAAGACGAGGAGUGAGGCAUCAUGAUUAACCACAACUGCAGUACUGUUCUUUUCAGCAAGAUAAGGGACAAAUUCAUUAAGGAUGUUCUACUGUGUUCUGCUGAAGGGAACCAGAUUAUGACCAGAACAGAACGGUAACCUCAAACUGUCCUGGACUCCAAACAUUUGUUCUCAGAGCAGAAAUAGGAAAAAAAGACUCCUGAGAAACGUUCACAAACACUUCCAUGAACAUGAAAAAAAAAAAACAUAUGCAUGAAAUAAUGGUAAAUUAUUUAUACUAAUCAUUUACACAAAUCAAUAUAUCAGCUGUGUCAGGUGUGUCAAACCAACAGGUCUGUUUCAUUCAGUGAAUCUCUUUCAACACUACAAUUAGUUUAGCACCAAAUUGUUUUAGAGAACUUAGAUUUAGAACUAUUCUACUAAGAUUGUGAAGUUUCUGGAAAUGUCAUUAUGCUGUGGUAGAUUAUGAAUUUAUUUGAAAGGAAUAGUUAGACCUUUUGGACAUUUUUCUUAUGCGCUGUCUUUCUGAUAGUAGGAUGUGAAGAUGGAUGUCAUUUCUGUAUGUGAGCUGGAGUCAGGAUGUGGUUAGCCUAGCUUAGCAUAAAGACUGGAAGCAGGGGGAAACAGCUAGCCUGGCUCUGUCCAAAGAUCAAAAAUACAGCUAGCAACACCUCUUAAGCUCAAUAUAUAAUA